AUGGAUUCCUUCUCUCUCUCCCGCCCAGUACAACAUUCAUACUCCCGCGAACAAAUUCCAUUUCUCGUCACUCCAAAACCCAACAAACACCGUAAAAGAUGGAAUCGCCACCCAAAAUUCAACGCCUAGCGGAAUCGGUCGUUAACCGAAUCGCCGCCGGCGAGGUAAUCCAACGUCCAGUCUCCGCCGUAAAGGAACUCGUCGAAAACAGCCUCGACGCCGCAUCCACUUCCAUAAACCUUACAAUCAAAGACGGCGGUCUGAAACUGAUUCAAGUCUCCGAUGACGGUCACGGUAUUCGACGCGAAGAUCUUCCGAUUUUGUGUGAGCGGCAUACGACUUCGAAGUUGUCUGCGUUUGAGGAUUUGCAGAGGAUUACGUCUAUGGGGUUUAGAGGUGAAGCGCUUGCUAGUAUGACUUAUGUUGCGCAUGUUACGGUUACUACUAUUACUAAAGGCCAAUUGCAUGGUUACAGGGUAUCCUAUAGAGAUGGUGUCAUGGAGCAGGAACCUAGGCCCUGUGCUGCUGUAAAAGGAACACAGAUAAUGGUUGAGAAUCUAUUCUAUAAUAUGGCUGCAAGGAAGAAGACACUACAAAAUUCUUCAGAUGAUUACUCAAAGAUAGUGGAUGUUGUCAGUCGGUUUGCAAUACAUCAUACCAAUGUCAGUUUCUCUUGCAGAAAGCAUGGAGCUGUUAAAGCAGAUGUUCACACCGUGGCCACGUCUUCAAGGCUUGAUGCCAUCAGAACAGUUUAUGGGGUCUCAGCUGCUCACAAUCUGAUUGAAGUCCAAGCUUCGGACAAUGAUCCGUCUUCUUCAAUUUUUGAGAUGCAUGGUUAUGUGUCUAAUGCUAACUAUGCUGCCAAGAAAAUCACUAUGGUGCUUUUCAUCAAUGAUAGACUGGUUGAGUGGUCUGCAUUGAAGAGAGCUAUUGAAAUUGUUUACGCAGCAACAUUUCCUAAAGCAUCUAAGCCUUUUAUAUAUAUUUCAAUUGUUUUACCUCCUGAGAAUAUUGAUGUCAACGUGCAUCCAACAAAGAGAGAGGUGAGCCUCUUAAAUCAGGAAGUUGUCAUUGAGAAGAUACAAUUGGUGAUUGAAUCAACAUUGAGGAAUUCCAAUGAUGCACGUACAUUUCAAGAACAAACAGCUGGACAAUUUUCUACCUCUCGUACUAAUAAGAGCAAGGAGGUUAACCUCAGCCCUACUCCACCGGGCUCGAGGUCACAGAAAGUGCCAGUAAAUAAGUUGGUUAGAACAGAUUCAUUAGAUCCAGCAGGAAGAUUACACGCCUACAUGCAAGUUAUACCUGGUGGACAUCAAGAAAAGAGUGUCACUUUGAAUGCAGUAAGGUCCUCAGUUAGACAACGAAGGAGCCUACAAGAUUCUAUAGAACUCACUAGCGUAGAAGAGCUUCUUGUUGAGAUCAAUAACAACUAUGACCCUGGAAUGAUGGACAUUGUAAAGCACUGCACAUAUGUUGGAAUGGCAGAUGAUGUUUUCGCUUUGCUUCAGCAUAAAACUCAUCUUUAUCUUGCAAAUGUUGUAAACUUGAGCAAAGAGCUUAUGUAUCAGCAAGUUCUUAGCCGUUUUGGCCAUUUCAACGCCAUUCAGCUAAGUGAUCCAGCCCCCGUGAAAGACUUGAUUAUAUUGGCACUGAAGGAAGAGGAUCUAGAUUCAGAAUGUAAUGAUGAUGACACAUUUAAAGAGAAGAUUGCAGACAUGAACACAGAUCUGCUGAAAACAAAGGCUGGUAUGCUGGAGGAGUAUUUUGGCAUUCAUAUUGAUGAUCAGGGAAAUAUCUCUAGACUUCCUGUGAUACUUGACCAGUAUACUCCUGACAUGGAUCGCAUCCCUGAGUUUGUGCUUAGUUUAGGGAAUGAUGUUGAUUGGGAUGAUGAAAGGAACUGCAUUCAAACAGUUUCAGCUGCUCUGGGAAAUUUCUAUGCUAUGCAUCCACCGAUGUUGCCCAAUCCAUCUGGUGAGGGAUUGCUUUUCUACAAGAAGAGAAAACUUUUUGACAGUUGUGCCAUGGAGAAUACCUGUGAUAAUACUGGGAGUGAUGUUAUUGACAGCAAUAUUGAACAAGAACUGCUUUCUGAAGCCGAGACAGCAUGGGCCCAGCGUGAAUGGUCAAUACAACAUGUGCUUUUUCCAUCCAUGAGACUUUUUUUCAAACCACCUCCUUCUAUGGCUACUAAUGGUACCUUUGUUAAGGUAGCUUCAUUGGAAAAACUGUACAAGAUUUUCGAAAGAUGCUAGCUAACCAAGUAGAUUUGGAGACGACGGACAUCAUUUUUGCGCUAGGAAUUAUGGUUUUGGCAUUAUGGGUUCGGUGUUACUACUUUCACUGCUCGCACGUGUGAAUAUGUAUCUACUAUCUAGAAUCUAGAUGAUUCAAUCUCCCUUUAGAGAAUUCCUUGGCCUAUUGAUCUAUCAUGUUUUUUUGUUAAGCAGUUUCAAAUGUAUAGGCAUCAUCUCAAUGAUGCAAUUGGUUUAGGGAAUAUCAAUGAAUUCUAGUUUGUGCAAUCUUCACCUUCAGCUUAGACUAAAUAUAAAGAGUGUGCUAGGUUUCAAAAAUUUGCUUAAAAAGUUGUUUUCAUCAUUGGAUCAAUAAGUCUCCCCCUAUUGGAUUCAAUGAGAUGUGAUGCGAUUUAUUGUUCCAAUUGUGAAAAACAAACUUGUGUAUGGUACAAGAUCAAUUUACUUGUACACAUCGGACAAAAUCAUUGUUAAGUGAUUUUUACUUUCGAAUGACACAAAAUACUGAAAUAGUAUGAGUUUCUUAGA